AUGAAACUACUUGCACUUUUGACAUUGCUUCCGUUAGUUAUAUCCACAAACUUGGAAGAGAAAUGGGGUGGAUUAUGGCCAUUUCAGGGAAUCGCUACAUUUGCACAUCUAGAACAUUUCCAAUGCUUGAUUGAAUCGGAAAAACAAUUUGACAUAGGGAUAAUCGGUGUACCAUUUGAUACCGCUGUUUCUUAUCGACCAGGUGCACGUUUUGGACCUCGCGCAAUCAGGGAUGCGUCUCAAAGACAAAAUAAUUUACGUGGAUUCAACCCUAAAGCAUUGUUUGAUCCUUAUCAAUCAUGGGCUAGAAUAAUUGAUUGUGGAGAUAUCCCUGUGACACCAAUGGACAAUUCUGCUGCCUAUAAACAAAUGAGUGAAGCCUUCAAAGACUUGUUGAAUAGAAAAUCUUCGAAUAACACGGAAAUCCCACCAAGGUAUAUUGCAUUAGGUGGAGACCAUUCGGUGUUAUUACCACAUAUCCGAGCAUUGCAUAAGAUCUAUGGGCCAGUCAACAUUAUUCAUUUUGAUGCUCAUUUGGACACUUGGAAACCAAACAAAUACCCUACAUCGGAAAAGAAUGACAUUAAUCAUGGGUCAAUGUUGUGGAAGGCGUACGAAGAAGGAUUAACUACUAAACACAACAUUCAUGUUGGGGUACGCACAAGACUUUCAGAGUUGGAUGAUCUACAAGAUGAUGAUGAACAAAAUUUUGUCAGAAUUGAAGCUGAUGAUAUAUGGUUGAAAGGACCUCAAUGGGUUGUUGAUAAAAUUUUAGCCACCAUACCAAAAGACACGGCAACCUAUAUUUCAGUAGAUGUUGAUGUUUUAGAUCCAGGAUUUACAAGUGGUACUGGAACACAAGAACCUGGUGGAUUUUUACCGAGAGAGUUGAUAUAUUUAUUGAGAAGUAUAGAUGGUUUGACAGUGGUUGGUGCUGAUGUUGUUGAAGUUUCACCAGCUUACGAUAUCGCGGAAAUUACUGCAACUAAUGGUGCUCAAAUCGCUUAUGAAGUAUUAACCAGCAUGGUGAAAAGAGGGAAUAUAGAUAAAUCUUUGGUUAAACUGGUUGUUCACGUUUUCGAUUAG